AUGCAGCACCCAUACACUACAUGUGAACAUACCGGCCUUCGUAUAUACUGGACCAUGUUCAUAACCUGGUACGGAGUUCCUUCUGUUUAUUCCUACUAUUUCCCAACUUCGUGGAUUGCCAAUAUAUGGAUAUUUGCGUCUGGUGUGGUAGCCGGUUGCCGAUACGGUUGUAUUAACUUCAAAAAAACAAUGACAAUGAAGUUUGUGAGCUCAUUCAUUUUCGCAUACAAGUUGCUCGCUCAAUUCCUCAUCAGUCAAGGCCUUCCGUUCGAGAGCGUGUUGAAACACUAGAGAAAGCUGGUUUCUCAGCACACAAGCGCUCGAUCAAGACUGGCAAACCACUGCAAUUUUCCUCACAAGUUGCCUUCAUUUGAACGGCACGUUUGCUGUAUUCAGUGAAAAACUUGGCAUCCAGUACAUUGGUGAUGAGACCUUAAGCCACCUGAUAUACCUCCAGCGCCUUCUUCAACAAUGCAUGAAACAUUGUCGAGAUCUCAGCAUACCGAAAAACUCGAUUUCUCAAGUUGUGCCAGCCAUCAUGUCGAUUCGCAACUUUAUCGCAUCGAACUCAAUGAGAUAUUCGUUCCAAAAACAAAUCCGAGAAUUGUCUACUGCCGCAUUCAAAGAGAUCACGUCAGGACCAUCACAUGAUCAAUACAAUAUUUCUACCCUCUUGGAUCCCCGUUAUGCGUACUGCAAAAAAGUGUAUACCGAAGAGACUUGGAACACUCUCGAAAUGAAGUUUAUUGAGCGAUUGAUUAACAAUCCUAAUUAUGAUGAUGUUAAACUCGUUCACAUCUGUUUGAUAUCGGACAAAGAAAUACAAUUGGACAUUAUCAAAGCUGAAUUGGCUAAUUAUCGUCAAAGCACUGCCUGUUCGAGUAGGCUUCAAAAUGAUGCAAGCCCAUAUGCGUGGUGGAACAAUCAUGAAGGAGGAACCACGUUUUUGGCUAUAUUGGCUCGGGAAUAUUUGGCGACUCCAGCAGUGUCUAUUGAUGCUAAUUACUUUUUUUCAAGCAGAUUCCAACACAUCUUGAAUACUUACUUUUCACGACAACUCGACAUGUAUUUGGAGCUUGCCGGAGGCUAUCAAACAUAUAAAGGAAAAGGUGCAUUGAAGGUUUGUGACAUAAGUGAGUGCGAUGCUUUUGGACGGCCAAAUCGAGCAACUUUUGAUCACAUCCUAUCAAUUGAAUCUGAUUGAUU